AUGGUGGGGAAGCUCAGACUUCACUAUUUCAAUGGACGAGGUCGAAUGGAGUCCAUCUGGUGGCUCCUGCCUGCAGCUGUAGUCGAGGUUGAAGAGAAAUUUUUAGAAUCUCCAGAAGACUUGGAAAAGUAAAAAAAUGAUGGGUCUCUGAUGUUCCAGCAAGUGCCAAUGGUCGAAAUUGACGGGAUGAAGCUGGCACAGAGCAGAGCCAUUCUCAACUACAUCGCCGCCAAAUACAACCUGUAUGGGAAAGACAUAAAGGAGAGAGCCCUGAUUGAUAUGUAUUCUGAAGGUAUGGCAGAUUUGAAUGAAAUGAUCAUGACUUUACCACUAUGUCCACCUGAUCAAAAAGACGCCAAGAUGAUCCAGAUCAAAGAGAGAACAAUAAAUCGUUACCUCCCUGCCUUUGAAAAAGUGUUGAAGAGCCAUGGACAAGACUACCUGGUUGGCAACAAGCUGAGCAGGGCUGACAUCCACAUGGUUGAACUUAUGUGCUAUGUUGAAGAGAUUGAUCCUAGCCUUCUGGCCAACUUCCCUCUGCUGAAGGCCCUGAGGACCAGAAUCAGUAACCUCCCGACUGUGAAGAAGUUUCUGCAGCCCGGCAGUCAGAGGAAGCCUCCUAUAGAUGCAAAAAUGUUAGAAGAAGCCAGGAAGAUUUUCAAGUUUUAAAUAAAGCAGGCAUGGAUGCCCAGCACACGCAGCAUCCAUCUUCUGAAAUGUUCCAACAGUGCCGUGCUCUACCUAGAUGUAGGUCCUGGCUGUUGUGUGACUAAGAAAGCGUAGGUGCUCAUUGAAUGAGAAAUCAACUGUGCAUUGACUUGCAGAGCAAUCUGUUUUGGUCCAUUGUGAAAACAUGACCACCUUCUAAGAUGUGUCUUCAACUUAAAAUAA